AUGUCUUCCAUAAUAGAUAAUAGAGGGUGCCAGAUUUAUAAUUCCGUCCCUGUACCUGUCCUACAGGAUGUAUCUCAGGGUACCGGUCCUCAGGACGCAGCACCUGCCGUCCAUGGAAGCCAGAUCCAUAGUCCCGCUAGUAUCGUAGCACAAUACCUGCUCAGUGAGGUACCGGAGUUUCAACGACUGUCCGAGCUUCGGCAGAAGGGCUGGGAAAAUCCGGCGGGCGAUCGGUUUUUCGAACAGCAGCGUCAAGCGGCAGAUAAUACAGACAGGAAAACAGCCAAGCAUUUCUUCCGAAUGAUGAAAGACAUAGGGUAUGACAUGCACCAGCUUACCGGUGUUUUCCGAAUCAAUAGCCCUCAUCGAGAUGAACAAUGUAUCCUGGAUAUGUGUAUGGCACCGGGGGGCUUUCUUGCAACGGCAUUGCGAGUUAAUCCCGGAGCCCGGGCAAUAGGAUUCAGCUUACCCAAGCGUGAAGGAGGUCACAAUGUUCUUCUGCCCAAGAAUCCCAAUGUUUCCCUGAAGUUCCUUGACAUCACCCUGUUGGCUGCAGAUAUGGGCCGGCUGGAUAUCCCGAACGAUCACCCAGAUGCAGGAAAAUUCUUGCCUCGUCAAUUGAGGCCAGGGCGGGCAUUUGAGCUAGUCAUAUGUGACGGUCAGGUGCUGAGAAACCAUGAAAGGGCCACCUACCGUGAGCGUCGAGAAGCUAGCAGGCUGACCCUAACCCAGCUGGCGCUUGGAUUGGAGCAUGUCAAGCUCGGGGGAACCAUGAUUGUUCUUCUUCAUAAGGUCGAAUCGCCACAUACCGUACAAUUACUGUAUACAUUUGCAAGUUUUGCUUCAGUGCAACUGUUCAAACAUCCGAGGUUUCAUGCCAAGCGAUCCUCGUUCUACAUGCUUGCAACCAAUAUCCGGAGUGAUUGUCCGGAGGCAGCCAUGGCAAUCCAAAGAUGGAAGAGAAUGUGGGGGAUUGCAACGUUCGGGACGGAUGAGAUGUACAUCCAAGCGCUUCACGAAUAUGGCCGGGAUGUCGAUGUCAUUUUACGGAACUUUGGCCCUCGACUAGCCAUGCUAGGCAAGCAUAUUUGGGGUAUACAGGCGGAUGCGCUGGCAAGAGCUCCUUUCCUCAGGUGCAAUGCCUCUUCUUGA